AUGUCUAAAGUACCUAUCACAACCUUCAAUGACGAAGGACGAAAACUGCAGCCGGUCAUCGUGACAGCCUUGUACCCCUUGCUUGUAUCAGUCAAUGGUGAUGACCCGUUUUGGAUUAAUGAGAUUGAAGAAGUACUUGAUAUUGACAGAACUGUAUCCAGAAAUACAGAUAGUCAAUAUCGGUUACCUACAAACGUAGUACCUUUGGAAUACGAUAUUUAUAUCGAUCUUUAUUUCGAUGAAAGACCUGAUCGGCCAUUUAGUUACGAUGGAAGGGAAACUAUUAUUAUUGAGGCUGAAGAAGAAAAUGUCAUGACUAUAGUAACCCAUGCUAAUGUCGAUAGCAUAAGUGUUGUACAACUUACUGAUAAUAAUGGAAAUGCCUUAAAUGUUAAUUUCAUGACGGAGCCCCAAUAUCACUUCCUAAAGAUAAAUCUACAACAACCUUUAGUGGUUGGCACAAAUUACUCUUUAUACAUAGAAUACAAUAAAAAGAUGAAUGAGGGACCUUUAAAAAGGGGCAUUUGGAGGGGAUGGUACGUAGAUGACGAGGGUAUUGAAAGAACAUACGCCGCGACACACUUUCAACCAUAUAACGCAAGGCAAGCUUUCCCUUGUUGGGAUGAACCACUUUUUAAAGCAUAUUUCAAACUACACUUAUCGAGACCAGCUAGUUACAAUGGAAUGUUCUCCAAUACUGGGAUAGAAAGAAGCGAAAAUAUUGGUAAUAACCGCAUACGAGAUCACUUCUUGACAACUCCUAGGAUGUCUUCCUACUUAGUCACCUUCCUCGUCAGUGAGAGUUUCCGUGUUAUUGCAAGUAAUAAUACCUUUGACCCACCAAUACGGAUCAUUGGUAGAUCAAACGCAGGCUUGGGCAGGCAUGCUCUACAGCUAUGCGUUGGAAUGACGGAGUACUUUGAUGAGUACUUUCAGAUACCCUAUUCCAAGUUACAUGCUAAUUUAGCGAAUGAUCACAUCGCCUCUCCCGAUUGGGCUUCAGCUGGUACUGAAAAUUGGGGGAUGGUGAGCUAUAGAGAGCUACAUUUAAUGGUUGAUCCACGAGAAACGAUCAUGUCUGUCGAACAUUAUACAACGACGCUGAUUUCACACGAACUUGCUCACAAAUGUUAUGCACGCAAGUUACCACCCUACCGGCAAAGACGUACCGCCAAGCGAUUUAGCGUUCCGGUACGAUGCUGUGUAGAAACCGAAAGGGGUGUGAAUUGUCUUCGUACUCCUAACAAGGUAUUUCCGCAAUACGAUCUCCAUGAGCACUUCAACUCUCGCUACCUACAGGCGAGUUUGUCUUUUGACUCUGGACUCUCCACCGUUCCACUGAACCAUGAGGUCAACUCACCAGCGCAAGUGACUGGUCAUUUUGGAACUAUCAGCUAUUCCAAAGGUGCUGCCUUUCUGAGAAUGCUGGCUGACAUGAUCACUCCAGCAACUUUCCGAAAAGCUUGUCAGUACUUCCUAAACGAUAACAUGUACGAAGCAACCGAUCAAUACGAUUUAUUCAGAGCGUUUGAAAAGGCUGUGAACGAGGAUGGCACCUUGAGGGAGUACGACAAUUUCAACUUCGAAGAGUUCUAUCGCGUUUGGGUGAACGAGCCAGGUUAUCCACUGCUAACCGUCAACGUGGACCAUGGGACCGGCGUUAUUAGUUUAAGUCAAGAAAGAUUCUUUAUUAGCCCAUCUGCACCACCUACUGAGCAAAUCUACCCCAUACCAAUAACGUAUUACAUGAAGUCCAAUGAAACUUUAAAAUUGAAACCGUCUUAUAUGAUGAGUAAUAAGACUUUAACAAUCCAAAAGAAUCCAGGGGCAGAGUGGAUCAUUUUUAACGUUUUACAACACGGACAUUACCGGGUCACCUACGAUAAUGCCACUUGGAAUUUAAUAUCAGAUGCUCUUUUUAAUUCUCCGAACACAAUUCAUCAUUUAAACCGUGCCCAAAUUGUUGACGACGUAUUUGCUUUGAUGCGAUCUGAAAGAAUGUCUUACUAUUUUGGCUUCAACAUACUUAAGUUUCUUCGACAAGAAACCAAUUACCACGUUUGGAAUGCAGCUAUCAGUGGUUACUCUUUCUUUUUAAACAGAUUUCGACAGAUCCAUAUUUACGAUAAAUAUGGCGAUUUCCGCAAUUAUGUGGUAAAUAGCAUGGAUACAGUGAUUGCAGCAGUUGGUUAUGACCCCAAGCUAGGGGAAACAGUCACUGAAAGCUUGCUCCGUCAAGAAGUGUUAAAUUUUGCGUGCGAUCGUGGACAUAGAGGUUGUAUGCUGGACUCAGAAGAAAAGUUCAAUAAAAUGAUAUCUGAUAGUCGCCAUUGGGUUGAUUCACGUAUACGUCGCCAUGUUUAUAAAAUGGGGGUACGAGGUGGAUACCAGGAGCAAUUUAACUUUUUAAUGAACCGGUUCAAAUCAUCCAAUAUUGCUAAUGAUCAACUUGAAAUGUUAAGGGGACUUGCUUCCACAAUAUCCCCUGUGUUACUGACAAGAUAUCUGGAGAUGACUUUGGACAAAGUGGUGCGAUAUCACGAUAAAGUCACUGCUUUUAAUUACGCUCUCCUUGCCAGCACUAUGGAGACUCCACAUACGCUUACGAUGAUUCAUGUGUUUGAUUUUGUUAAAAACAAUAUCGAUGCCAUAAGAAAAGCGUACACUGAAGAUAGCCCCCCUAAUCCAGUUCAUACAAUACUUUCCAAUAUGGCAUCUUACAUGUACGAACAACAGUUAGAAGAGUAUGAGGACUGGCUUUGGAGUACUCAGAAUAACACCGCACAAUUCAACACCGCUUUGUCUGCUAUAAAGAAUGCUAGAAAUAAUAUAGCUUGGGCCGAAAAGAAUAUAGAUAUAAUCGUAGACGCUGUAGGCGAUGGACCUCCUCCAGCGAUUUUGUCAUCUAUUUUACUGAUAGCAAUGUUUAUCUUUGCAAUCAUUGCUUGAAUAUCUCUAUCAAGUAUAUUUUUCAUAAUAUU